GAUAAAAUGAAGUAUAAAGUACAGAGUGCUAAAAGUUUGACCUGUUUCGUGUAGCUUCAUCUAGCGUCUAUAAAAAUGAAGACCCUUUCUGUUGUCUUUUUUCUUGCCUUAGCUUGUCUCACAUCAGCCUUGGAGAGAACAUAUGUCAAUGCUAAUGGCACCUUUGCAAGUAGAAGAAAUUACAGCUCCCUAUCUGUUGCUAAUGGAGGACGCUGGGGUGAAUGGACAUGGGUUGACAUGUGCCCAGAACGAUCAUAUGCUAUUGGAUUUAGCGUAAAGGUGGAGCCAUAUGGAGGAUCGUUUAGUGAUGACACUUCACUUAAUGGGAUUCGCUUAUUUUGUUCAACCGAUCAGAGCGACCACAUAAUGUACACCAUUGAGUCUGAUACUGGAGUCUUUGGACAUUGGUCAGGGGUCAGAUGGUGUCCAGCAAAUGGUAUUUUACGUGCCUUUCAGCUGAAAACUGAACCUGAUCAAGGAGCUGGAGAUGAUACAGCAGUGAACAACAUCAGAUUCCGUUGUAGCAAUGGUCUUCCCUUGGAAGAAGUUGGUGGUACUUUUGGGGACUACAGUGAGUGGAGUAGUGCCUGUUAUAAAGGUGGAAUUUGUGGCAUACAAACCAAGCAGGAGUCAUAUCAGGGCGUGUGGGUAGAUGACACAGCACUCAACGAUGUUCGCUUCUUCUGCUGUGAAUAAAAGGAAUCUAAUGAGCCUUUUUGUAUGAUCAAUACACACGGCAAUGAA